UGGAAACCGGCCUCGGAGUCGUAAUUGGAGUUGGUGCCGUCGCCGGCUGCUGGUUGGAACCGGAAGCGGGUGCCCCGCCGAUGCACGAUACGCAAGCAAUUCAAAACAAUGCGGGCUGAGAGAACCAGCUGCCCCGACAGAUUCAUCCCCACGAGAAGCAAAAUUAAUUUCCAAGCAGCCAGUUGGAAGGUACUCCACGCAGUUGAUAACGAUAACGAAUUCGAAGAUUUGGGAAAAUUUAGCGCGAGAGAUCAAGCCCGAAGCGGCAACCCGACAUUUUUAAACAUCGCCAAAAAAAUGAAAAGCAAGGAAAACUACCAAAAUGCACUAUGGUCGGUGAUGUUCAACGGGGAUAAUAACAUAAACGGCUCGGUUUUCAAAUAUAACCAAUCGGAAAAGUCUAAAAACACGGAGCGUGCAAAUUUUAAGGCAACUUGGCCGGUGAUUCCGAGGAAAAGACCUUGCAUUGGUCCGCCAACCAUUUUAUUGGACUUGCCGGAUAUAACUACGAUCGUUUUGGGCCAUCGUAUCGAUUGGGGCAAACAAGGUCAAAUAGCGACCAUUUUCAAAACGGAAGUGUUUUUGUGGUCCGAAAUUGAUAACACUAUCGCAAUAUCGGCGCAAAACGAAAACGUUGGACUUUGCGCGAAAUGGAACAAGUCGGGAACAUAUUUGGCGGUGAUUGUUGAACCCUUGUCGAUUCAGAUUAUGUAUCCGUCUAAUGAAAAAAUUGGCGGUUUUCUGAUUCGCGACGAAUGUUGUAAUGGAAAUAACAAAUGCCUGCUGACGGUGUUGGAAUGGAAAAAUGAGGAUAUUUUGACGGCCGGGUGCAAUUCCGGGCAUAUGUCAAUUUUUCGAAAAAUUCACGAUUAUCACUACGUUCUGGUAAAAGUAACAACAUCGCUAACGAAAUCCGCAAUAGUGCACAUGAAAUUUUCCUGCAAGGAAAACUUUUUGGCUCUGAGCAAUAUAAAUGGUUACGCAAUCAUUUAUCGAGUAAAUGGUUUCGACACGGACGAUCACACAUUUGAAAAAAUGCAAAUAUUAAGGGCGGAACAACGACCGAUUGUUCAAAUGAUUUCUUGGCACCCUUGGAAGGAUUAUAUAAUAGGAGUCGCAGACAGGAGAAAAAUAUUGAUGUGGGACUUGAAUUCCCAACAGUGUAUCGACUAUUACGAAGUUGUCCAACCCUACACUAUGAUAUAUGCCAUCUCAUUUUGUCCACUGACAGCGGAAUUGGUGGUUAGCCAUUAUUACGAAAACCGCGAAACGCAAGACUACGCUCACUAUCUCACCGUUUUCGGCAACUUUAAAACAGUUACAGAUCAAGUUUACUACCAUAGCGACAAGGUUCCAGUUCUGCUCUGGGAUGGCACUGGCUCUAGACUGGCAACUGCGGGAUUCGAUGAGAACCUGUGCAUAACGGAUUUCGUGGAGAAAAGAAAAUCGUCUUCGCACAAAAGAAAAAGCAGUACGCUUGACUGCAGUAUUCGAUAAAUUGCGUUGCUAUUCACUUUAUUUUA